CCGAGGAGUACGCAGGUUGCACCCGACCACGCGCGCUCCCGGUUACGGGACUCCAACCGGGCCGUGGUGGAAGCACGUGAGAGAGAGAGGGAAAAAAAGUCGAACUAGUUCCCGUCGACCGCUCGAAGGGUGAGAAAAGGAAGUCGGCGUGAACGCAGCGCGCGAGUGCACUGCCACGGACCGGGCAUCGAUCCCUCGCGCGAUAUCGCGUUCGGUCCCGCGUCACGUGGGUGCACCGGACCCACGUGGUCCCUCCGCGGGGGGGCGCUGCGCUUCGCAGGAUUUUCGCGAGUGAAAGGACUCGAGUGAACAGUUGAAAUUCCCAGCGGCGAAUGACGAUCGCGCGCUUUUGGUUUUUCUAGCUCGAAGAGACCGCGAGGUAUAUCCGAGGAUAUGUCGGACUCCGUGAGGGGAACCGACGACGUGGGAAAUGGGAAACCGGCGAUCUGCCUCGAGGUUUCCGCCAAGGACAGGGACGUGGAGCGGGGCGAGUGCACCGUGAGAGGGGGAAAUCCCGCGGUGACGUCAUCGCCGUCGUCGCUGACGUCGACCCUGGCCACGGAGGCGCUGGCUGGUGCCUCACGUGGCGACGGAUGCGGAUCAGUCGGCCGUUGGAACGCAGUCGUACGCUUGCUCCGACGCCUCGCGGUCCUCAUGCUCGCCCUCGUGGCCCUGGCGGGCGCCUUGACGGCGGUCUGGCUCUUCCUGGGGCCCCUUUCGCUGGUCCAGCUCUUCCUGGUAGCCCUGGUGGCCUACGUCGUCGCCGGGGGCCGCUUCCGAUGGUUCUACGUCGCCCUGAAGACCUUCCCCCGGGACUACAAGGCAAUCUCUCGCUACGUCUUUCUGCUGCGGAUGAUCCGACAGCAUGAAAGGAAACAUCGAAGCGUCGCCGAUGUCUUCCGACAACAUGUCGACCGACACCCGAAUAAAGUCUGUUUGGUCUUCGAGGACCAAGAGUGGACGUUCCAGCAGGUGGAGGACUUCAGUAACAAGAUAGCGUACGUGUUCAGGAGGUUCGAGAAAGGCGAGGUCGUGGCACUGUUUCUGGAAAACCGACCCGAAUACGUGGGUAUCUGGCUCGGUUUGAGUAAAUUGGGAGUCAUCACGCCGUUGAUUAAUACAAAUCUGAGAAAGUCGACCCUGGUGCACAGCAUCAAGGUCGCCAACUGCAAGGCACUGAUAUUUGGCAGUGACUUGUCCGAUGCCGUUAAGGACAUCUCGGAGUCGCUCGACCCUGGAGUGGCUUUGUACAGAUUUGGAGAACAACCAGGAGUCGACACUGGACGUGUCGAGCAGGAUUUGUCGUUGCUAUUGACUCAGGCACCAACGACACCUCCAGUCAUACCGAACAAGGGAUCUUACAGCGACAAGCUGUUGUACAUUUACACCAGCGGUACCACCGGCUUGCCGAAAGCCGCUGUCAUCACAAAUUCUAGAUUUAUGUUCAUCGCCAGUGGUAUCCACUUCCUAGCAGGAUUCCGCAGUUCCGACAGAUUUUACACGCCGCUACCUUUGUACCACACCGCGGGUGGUGUCAUGUCCAUAGGUCAAGCUUUGCUGCACGGCGGCACAACUGUAAUUAGGAAAAAAUUCUCGGCCAGCGCGUACUUCAAUGAUUGCGUGAAGUACAAGUGCACGGUGGCACAGUACAUCGGAGAGAUGUGUCGAUACAUCCUGGCUGUGCCUUCGAAGCCUGAGGACACGCAGCACCAGGUCAGGGUCAUAUUUGGAAACGGUUUGAGGCCUCAGAUAUGGAAGGAAUUCGUCAAGAGAUUCAAGAUCCCGCAAGUGGCGGAGUUUUAUGGUGCUACUGAGGGCAAUGCCAAUAUCGUGAACGUUGACAGCACGGUUGGUGCGAUCGGCUUCGUGUCCCGUAUCAUUCCUUCUGUCUAUCCGAUAUCCAUUAUCAAGGUGGACUCGGACGGGGUGCCUAUUAGAAAUUCCAAAGGUCUUUGUCAAAUCUGCGAACCAAACGAGCCAGGCGUCUUCAUUGGGAAGAUAAUACCCAACAACCCGUCCAGAGCUUUUCUCGGUUACGUUAACCAGGAGGCGUCGAAAAGCAAGGUCGUUCAUGAUGUAUUCACGAAGGGAGACUCGGCUUUCAUAUCCGGUGACAUCCUCGUGGCGGACGAGCUGGGAUAUCUGUUCUUUAAAGACAGGACAGGCGACACGUUCAGGUGGAAAGGUGAAAACGUUUCUACGUCGGAAGUGGAGGCCGUCGUAAGCAAUCUCGUUAAUUACAGAGAUUGCGUAGUUUACGGGGUAGAGAUUUCUGGGACGGAAGGUAAAGCUGGAAUGGCUGCGAUUUACGACCCUAAUGGCACCUUGGACAUUAGCAAAUUAGCUCCUCAAAUUAAGGAUCAACUACCGACCUAUGCUAGGCCGCUCUUUGUUAGAACGUUAACGAAAAUCGAUCUUACCGGGACAUUCAAGCUGAAGAAGAAGGACUUGCAAGAGGAGGGAUACGAUCCCCGGAAACUGCAAGACAAGAUUUACUACCUCGACCCGAAGACGGGGUACCAGCUCCUAACUCCGGAGAUCUACGACCAAAUCCAGCAACACAAGAUCCGCUUUUAACUACCAGCGCCAUGCGACAAACGGGAGAAGUAAUCGGAACUCGUUGUGUAGGGGGCUACACAAUGCGAUUCGAGCUCGCCGCGACAUACUUUGGAGCAUGCCGAAAGGGGAGCACGGACUAGAGAAUUCGAGGGCGCGAUUCGCGGUUAACCUCGCGAAGCAUUCGAAGUCUCUCGGAGGAGAGAGAGUUCUAACGGGAAGCGAGCGAAAAGCAGCCAAGCUACUUAGGCCGACGCCGCUCGGCCUUUGCGCGCGCAGAGUGUGUGACGAACGAUAUAGGGAAGAAAGGAAGAAGAAGAAACGCACAUAAAUGCCAGAGAAUUGCUAGGAUUUCUCACGAAGGACUCGCGAAGCUCGGACGUUUCGGGGUAGCGCGGGUCACCCGGAGGAGGAGGCCGGUCGGUAUUACUGGGAGGGUAUUAAUUAUGAUAUUACGUCGUUACGCUUCAGCGAAGGUAGCUGGUGUCAUCUCGUACCUAUCAUAUAUAUGUUUAAACUCGGGUUUUUCGGGCGUUAUGACUGUCGCUCGCUAUAAGGACGAGACUCGACGUCAUCGAGCCGGGUCUCGGUGUAUUCGAAUCGACGGGGGUUGAUUCUGUACCUCGAAUCUGGUGAAAAUUCUAAAAGUAAACACCUACGAUUACGUGACUUUUGCCGUGGUCGAAAUGUGAGAUGCUUCGCGUGAGACUACUCGACGAGAAACUCCGAGAGCUUAGGCGUUCGGGCUAGAGAUUUCACGUUUUCACUCGGAGAGUCGGGCGAAUGAACUCACGUGAGGUGAUACCGCGAGAAGGGAGCACUCUCGUCAAGGUUACAGGAAUCGACCCCCCAGGCGCGACUCGACGGCCGCCAUCUUGGAUCGGAAGAGAGCGGCAAUCAAAAGCGGGGAACUCGACGUCCGGGAAAGAUUUCUUAUCCGUGUCAUUCGUGGAUCGCGAAAGUCCAUGUGCGAAGCGUCGUCGCUUUCAGUUCCUCGGAGGUAACGACACGGUACGCCCUUCUGGCACCACCAACUCGGUCAUUUAUGUACAAUCGUCGAGCGACGGCUCGAGGCGGCCAUCUUGCUGAUGUGAACUGUCAGAGCUACUUGGAAAAAGGAAAUUAAUGAAGUAAAUGGUAAAAAAAGAACUGUUAUCUCUGAAGGAAAAGAAAAACAGGAAAAAACAAAUGUUACAUGGUGUAUGUGUUUUUGUCACUACAAUUUAGCGAGCGUUGUUAUUUGUUAUUUUUCUAGAAUAAAAGUUUACUGUUUUGUA